CAUUAAUUUUGAUAUUGUAUUGUUUCAGGUAUGAUUUGUUGAAUUUUCAUUGGCGAACAGGCAAGUGGCUUCUUCAACCGCGCGAUUAUAAUAACGUUGAAACUUGUGAUUCAAAGUAUUUAAAUUGAAGAAAACGAGGCAAUCCAUUGUACUAAUUUAUUUUGGACAAGAUUGUUAUAUUCGUUUCCAUUAAAACAGUGGACAUGAAAGAAUAGUAAAGAUGAACCUUUUGCAAGAUGUCAAUACCACUUGAUUGAAAACACCAUAAAUGGAUUAAAGAAGACGCUUUACCUUAAAAUGUGCAAGAUAACGUUUUUGCUGUUGUUUCUGCUGACGUCAGUCCAUACAACAACAGGUGCCGAUUACUUGGACAUUACUGGAGUAAGACUUGUAGAUGGCAAUGGUACAUUUAGCGGACGUGUUGAGAUCAAGGUUGACGGUGUUUGGGGAACAAUCUGUGAUUACUGGUUUGACAUGAACGACGCCAAAGUUAUAUGCAGAACUCUGAAUCUGACAGCAACAUCAUUCUUUAAGGGAGCACAUUAUGGGCAAGGUAAAGGACCAGUAUUUGCUCAAAGGUUUCAUUGCAAUGGACAUGAAAGUCACCUUCGAGAUUGUCGCUUUGACCCCAAUGUGUUUUGCUCUAAUUAUCAAGACAUUGGAGUAAUCUGCACAGGAUGUGGAGAAAUCGACAUCAAUAAUGGAAUCAUUGAGUCAAUAUCAUCAAAUGGUUCGGUUCUUACAACCUCUUGUGUUACUGACUACCAGACAAACACACACACAAGUGUAUGCCAAUCUAAUGGAACAUGGUCAAACGACAUUACGUGUGCAACAUCUGAUGACAUUGUAUUGCCCUCAUGUCAGAUACAGUUGUAG